AUGAAUUUUGAAACUUUAUCAAUUGUAUCAGAACCUAAAUUAUUUACGUGCAUCAAAUAUAGAUUAAAUUCUUCCGCUGAAUCGCUAUUUUCUUCGCCUAUUGAUACAACCUCUCAUUUUUCAUCAAAUGGAAAACCCAUAAGCCCACUGUGUCAAGAUGAAUUAGGAUCAACACUCACUAAAUUUACUGAUCUCGAUUCUAUGAGAUUAUUCUCUAAGUAUAUGAUUAUCCUUAUUGGUCUCCCAGCUGCUGGUAAGUCGACCGUGUCACGACAUCUAAUUAAAUACUUACAGGAUACAAAAACUACGGCUCAUAUCCGUUGCAAGACAUUCAAUGCUGGUGAUUUUAGAAGGAAAGAAAAAAAAAUAGAAUUAACUAAUGAGCAACUGGAAGAUAUUUUUGAUCCUAAAAAUAGCGAUAAGAAGGAAGAGUAUGCACGUAUUGCAUUUAAUGAAGCUUUACAGGAUUUGGAUAAUGAUAUUUGUGAUAUUGGAAUUUUUGAUGCCACUAAUUCAACUAAACUUAGAAGAAAGUAUUUAUUCGAUGAAAUUAAAAGCUUCAAUCACAAUUCAAGCUCCAAUUUUUCAGUUUCACCUAUCAUUCUUCAUGUUACUUGCUCAGAUAAGAAAUUUAUCAGAUAUAAUAUUCAUCAUAAGUCAUUUAAUGCAGACUAUUUUGGCAAACAAUAUGAUCUUUCUGUUAAAGAUUUUGCAAAGAGAUUAAAGCAAUAUUAUACCCAGUUUGUCCCUUAUACAAUGGAUGAAUUUAACCACAUCUUAUCGUAUUCAUCACCUGAUAGUCAUCAUGGUACAUUUUAUUUCCAUGUAGCCAAUGCGGGCUCAACCUCUACAACUAACAUUGUAGAAUACUCAAAUAUGGCCUCACGUGAAACAAGAAAUUUGAUUAAAGCCCUACAUCACUUUACAACAAAUUAUAUUGUGAUUUUCGGAAGCCAAUAUAUUUCUAAAGUAAAGGGUUUCUUCAAAGUGUCCCAAGUGGUUAGUUCUAAUAAACUGAAUGUUAAAAAAUCCUUCCAGCAACUAUCUAGAUUGAAAGUUCUAAAUAGUAUUAUUAACGAUAGCUAUUUUAAGAAACUUAAAAAUUUUCAUUUAAUUAAUAACAUUACACACAAAGAUCAAUGA